GACUUCGCCUGAGUGGGGCUCGCUUAUGCUCGCCCCAAUUAUUAUUUCUCCGCCUACAAGUCCACGUGAUGUAGCAUGUUGUAAUGUACUCUCUUCGUUCAAUGUCAAGAGCCCGUACUGCUUCUAGUAGUACCAGUGAAAGACCAAAGGAGACCCAAAAGGAUGAAGAGGAGGAGGAGGAAGAUGAUAGCCAAGUGGAAAAGACCGUUAUUAGGAAAAAGAGAGUCAGUGAUCCUCCUCCUGUGAAGAGAGAGAAGCCAGAAGAGAAACACACGGGGAGCUUUAUUUUGAGGAAUACGAUGAGAUAUGUGUCAUGUUUGCGUCUAUCCUGAGCUUUUGGGACUUUUAUAGCGAAUCAUCAAUCAACGAUGAUGGAAAAGAGUGCCUGAGACUGCUCAACAAAAUAAUAUCAGAUUUUGAUGAAGUAUUGAAUAAGCCAAAGUUUAGCAGCGUUGAAAAGAUAAAGACGAUCGGUUCUACUUACAUGGCAGCCACUGGACUCAAUCAAAGGAAAGUUGACACUAAUAAUAAGACUAGUAAGAAUCAUCCUGUGGUUCAUUUGUGUUUGUUUGCUGUUGAACUGAUCAAGAAACUGGACCUCAUCAACAGGCACUCUUUCAAUGACUUUCAACUAAGAAUAGGUAUUAAUCAUGGACCGGUUGUUGCUGGAGUGAUUGGUGCUCACAAGCCACAGUAUGAUAUAUGGGGCAAUACUGUGAAUGUAGCUAGCAGAAUCGACUCCACUGGUAAACCUGGAAGAAUACAAGUCACAGAGCAAACUGGAGCCAUCCUUCGCGAUGCCGGCUUUGAGCUAGAAGAGCAAGGCAAGGUAUUCGUCAAAGGGAAAGGAGAAAUGACAACAUUCUAUGUCAUUGGAACUGACAAAGGAAGAAUUAUAAAAGAUCAACAAUAAUGAUAAUAAUAGUAAUAAUGAUAUAUUCUAAUUGACUACUGAAUCACAUAUCAAGCAUAUGAGUCCUUAUGCUUUUCUCUCCUGAGUUUUAAUCAGCUAUUGCUAAUAAUAGUAUUAAGUACAUAAUAUUUGUUUAUUAUUGUUAUUAUUAUUAUGUUGUUGUUGUUGUUCAGAUGUACAUGACAAGUUAGUUUUUUCCUUUCUCUCUCUCUCUUUUUUGUUCUUUUUCACUCACUCUCCCUCCCUCCCUUGUACACAUUUAAAAGUUAUAUUCAAGAGUACCAACAAUUAUAAUUUUUUCCUUAUUUUAUUGAAUGCACUCUAAAGCCAUAA